AUGGCUACUUGCUAUCAGAAACAUCCAUUCGAAAUCGAAACAGCCGAUCGUUUAACAACAAUAAACACUAAAAUAUUCGAAAUAAAAAAGAAAAUACAACUUUCAGAAGGCCAAAGGAAAUCCCAUUACGAAGAGAAUGAAUCAGAGAAGAAACAGAACAUUGAUUUGAUUGAUACAUUAAAGAAGGAAAUAAAAUUAAGAACAGAUGAACUCAUACAGGCUCGUGCGGUGAUCGGAGACGAGGAAGCACAGGUUAAGAAGUAUCUCAACGCCAUCUGUUCGGUUAAUAAUAAAACUGCUGAUCAGAUAAUACACAAUGUGGAUUUAAAAGUGAUUGAACAGAGAAAGAUGUUGGAUCUUUUGAAGUAUGAGAAAAGGAGUAAAAAGAACAAACUCAAUGAUCUGGAGAAAGAAUACGAAAUAUUACUAAUCGAGAGCACUAAAAGUGAUAUCGUCAAAUCUAAAUUAACUACCAAAGCUAAAAAGCACGUAUCUCAUUUAGAAAAUGAAAUACAUAAGGUGCUUGUCCAAUGGACGGAAGCUGAAUUAGUUAAGAAGAAGUAUUCCUCCAUCAGACAAGCUCUCAUCGAGGACUCGGUGAAGUUUGAAAGCUCCCUCGGCCAUAUAGAAGAACUGCUGAAAAAGCAACAGGAAGAAAUUAAAAAGAUUGAAUGUGUGAGAGCGGAGGCGUCAGAGACGCGUGUCCGGGCAGCGGCUGCGGCCGCAGAAGAAGCUGCGCGUGCGCAUGCCGCGGAGCACGGCCGUGCUGCAGAACGAGCGUACUUCGCACACCGUUUCCAAGAGCGACGACAAGAGCUGGAGAAGCUAGAAAAGAGGAUAUUUCCACCUCCUGGUUAG